CCUUUGCAGAGACUCCGACCAGCACCACCUCGCCAAAACCACCGAUCCUCACAACCAACCAUAGAAGCCAUAGCAGCAAGCAACUCACACCAGUCCUCUUCUCAGCCAUCACACACAUAGACGGAGAACCACUGUUGCUCCACCGUCGUCAACCGCUGUGAACCACCGUGGACCACCAAGGGACCUGCGAUUCGAACUGGUUUCCUAAAGGAUGCAAAGCCUGUUCAACUCAAGGAGGGUUAGGAAAUUACUAUUUCCACUGAUUACAGCAUAGAAGGGAAUGCGGAGAUGAUCUCCAUGAGCUACAAAAAGCUGCCUGUCGACGUGAAGCCUGGGAAUACCAUCUUAUGUGCAGAUGGCACUAUCAGUCUUACGGUCUUGUCUUGUGAUCCAGCUGCUAGAACAGUGAGAUGCUGUUGCCAGAACACUGCUGUCUUAGGUGAGAGGAAGAAUGUGAAUCUUCCUGGUGUUGUGGUGGAUCUUCCUACACUUACAGAGAAGGACAAGGAAGACAUCCUGGAAUGGGGUGUUCCUAACAACAUUGAUAUGAUUGCUCUCUCUUUUGUGCGCAAGGGCUCGGAUCUUGUUAAUGUCCGAAAGGUUCUUGGGAUUCAUGCCAAGCAUAUACAAUUGAUGUCCAAGGUUGAGAACCAGGAGGGAGUUAUCAACUUUGAUGAAAUCUAGCUGGGUCUCUCUUUGCAACGCACAUGGGGGGCACCCACUCAAUCAAUCUCUCUCUCUCUCUCGGGCAUUGUUUCUCUCUCUCUCCCUUUAAACCCUCUCUUUUCCUUUCUUUUUCUUUUAAUAUUUAUCUCCACUACCUUUUGUCUUUCAAAUAAAAUAAAAUUCCUCAUAGCCCCUGCUUGACACACCACCCCACUUUCUUGUUAUUAUAUUUUAUUUCCUUUACCACCACUCUCUCUGUCUCGAUGGUCAUCUGCAAAGCUUCAAAUAAAAUAAAUAAACCC